UUUCCUCCUCCCCUCCCCUUUUCAGUACAUCUUCCCAUCCAUUUCAAAAUGGACAACAAAAAAACUUUGCUUUUCUUUCAAAAAACAGGCAAACAAUUCACCAUCCCCGCAACCAUCCCCACAACCCUCUACCAGAAUUUCCAACAAUUGUGCCAGUCUCUGCAACACUUGUUAGAACAUAUACUCCCCGAGGAAAUAUUAAUAAUGAUGAACAUAAUAAAUAUUUUCAAAAAAUUAGAUCGUUUUACACCAAACGAAAAUAAUAAUUUAAUAACUACAACAACAAAACCAACAGCAAAUAACAAUUUAAUUAAUUCUCAAUUAAAUAAAUCUACUACAAUAAUAGAAAUAAAUGGAAAACAAAAUAAUCAAAAAACAAUAAUUAACAAUCAUUCAUUUCCUUCUUCAUCUUCUUCUCUAAAUUCUUUUAAACAAAAAAAUUUUAAAGAAGAAGAACAACAAAAACAAAUUAAUUUUAAUGAAGAAAGAGAGGAAGAAGAAGAAAGUGGAGGAGUUUAUAAUUUUUGGAAAACUUCAACAAUUGAAAGAAAACAACAAAAAUUUAAUAAACUUUUUGGGCAAAAAUCCCCAGAACCUCCACCUCUACCAACAUGUUCUCCCCCUCCAUUGGAGUCUCCACCAGACUGGGAAACUCUCCGAACUCAAUUCAAAUUUGCUGUAGAUUUAGAUACUAAUCCAGAACGGAAAGCUAUUGUAAGGAUUGUUAGACGAUUUUAA